UUUGUUCUCCACUCGACCACGUACACCGUACACGCGUAGGAGAACGGUACCACUAUUCCGUAGUCGGGUUUCUUUAUUUUAUUUUUAUUCCCUUUUUUCCCAUUGUCCCGUCCUGUCGUCGUCAUCGUCGUUUUGUUGCGGACGCGAAUACCUCAUCAAUAUCUCGCAACCCAUCACCACCGCCCGAAAUAUUAACUUUACCUACAUACAUUUACGUGUAUGUUUGUCGUCAUGUCGGGCUGAUCGAAUCUCUUGAGCUUUUCUCGCCUUGUCUCGCGCAUACCAAAUCGCCGUUAUGGACGAUAAUAAGGACAAAAACGGAAUGGUGGCCGACUUCCAGGCCAUCACUGGUAUUGACAACGCUGGCGAAGCGUUGAUGCAUUUAUCCAACCAUAACUGGGACUUACUGGCUGCUGUGCAACACGUUACACCGCAGCACACACAACACUUGCCAUCUGAAGUUCGUAGAAUGGAUCGGUCUGUAAUGAUAGCAGAUGAUUUUGUUGACAUGGCUCCAUCUACAUCACAGGAAUCUCGUUUGUUGACCAUCGAGAUUGAACAGAAUGGCCAUGUUAUUACUGUAAUAUCAUUCAAUCCGGAUUCUAGAACAACAAUAGAUGAUAUAAAAACAUUGAUCUACGCUAAAUGUGGCAUACCAUGUUGUCAACAGAUCCUCAGUGGUUGGCCCAAUAAUCAAUUCCCUUCUGCCAAAGAAUUAAUUUGCAAACUUACUCUUCCAGAGAAAUUUAAAUUAACUCUUACUGUUGAUAACACAGUUAUAAAUAAUGAUUGGCGUGGAAGAUCUCCUAGGGUAUUCACUCUCAAUCUCACAUUAGAAGCUACAAAUUCAAGUCAAUAUAAAGUUUACAAAUUGACAUUCCCAUCUUAUGAGACUGUUGCACGAGUGAAGGAAUUUGUAGCUGGACUAACUUCCAUACCUAUUAAUAAUCAACAAUGGUUAGGAUGGCCACAUUUUGUUACUCCUUCUACAACUUUAGAUGAAUCUCAUAUUAAUUAUCCAGUACAUGAUUUUAAAUUGAAACCAUCCAAUUCAGUACUCAAACAUACCAGGAAAACAUAUAACACUAGAUUGAAUUCUGUUGAUAUGGAAACAAGUGAUUCUCCUAUGCCUUCAUCAUCUACCUCAUCAUCAUCCACUUCAACAUCAUCUUCAGAAGAGGAUCCAUUUGAAGACGCAGCUGAAUCAUUAAGUGGUAUAGAUGAUGAUGAAGAUGCUAUGUUCAUGGACACUGAGACACCUACUAGAAUCCGUCCCUUAAUUGCUGAAGAUACUAUUGAUGAACUUGCUGGGUGCAUUCAAUUUAUUGAUGAAUUUCAAAAUCGUUAUGGUGAUAUGAGACCUCAAUUCUUUUUGGGAACAUUAGAUCAAGCUAUUAAAAUUGCUUGUUUUAAACCAGCUAAAGAAAAACGUCUUUUAGCUGUUUACCUACACCACGAUCGCAGUGUUUUGUCAAACGUAUUUUGUACACAAUUACUAUGUUUUGAAUCAGUUGUGCAGUACCUUAAUACUAAUUUCUUAGUAUGGGGUUGGGAUAUGACACAUCCAGCCAAUAGGAAUAGAAUAUUAUAUUCAGCUUCACAAUCAUUGGGUCAAAUGGCUGAAGUUACUUUAAGAGCUAUUGACAUAAAUAGAUUACCUGCUCUAGUAUUAUUUACACGAAAUCGAUCUAAUACAGAAAUCUUAUCAGUUAUAAAUGGGGAUUGCAAUAUCAGCGAAUUACUAUCGAGCUUAAUAAAUGCUCAAGAAAUGUUCACUAUACAACAGCAAAUAGAAAUUAGAGAAGAAGGAGAACGGAAUAUGAGAGAGAUGAUUAAAGUAGAACAAGAUGAAGCUUAUCAACAAUCAUUAGCUAUUGAUCGAGCUAAAGAAGAAGCAAAAAAAGUGCAAGAAAUGGAAGAAAAAGCCAUUCGAUCUCAAAUUGAAAGUCAUGAAAGACAAGUUGCAGCUGAAAAAGAAGCAACUCGACAACGUAUUGUAGCAUCGCUUCCUGCUGAACCAGAAGCUGGAGACCAAGUUGCAAAAAUCAGAUUUAGACUUCCACUUGGGAAGUUUUUAGAAAGACGAUUUUUGGCAUCUGACAGCCUACAGGUGUUGUUUGACUAUCUAUAUGUCAAUGGUUUUAGUCAAGAGGAAUUCAAAGUUAUUUCUAGUUGGCCAAGAAGAGAUUUAACAACACUAGAAGUUACUCAAACCAUGAAAGAGCUAAAUCUUUAUCCACAAGAAACAUUAAUACUGGAAGAGCGAUAAGUAUUUUUAC